AUGGUGACCUCGAAGGAGCUCAAGGCAACGCUGCGCCGGAUCCUUCCGAGCAUGGACGCGGACGUGAGUGUGGCCACGCUCAUGAAGGUGCUCGAGACCGAGAUGGACGUGAUGGACGCCGACGAGCGCAAGGCCGUCAAGACAAUGGUCAAGAGCAUCGCGCCCGACAUGCUGCAUCUCUGCAAGGGUGCUGCCUCGCCACCCGCCAGCGACAACGAAGAUGACGACGUUCCGCCGCGGAAGAAGUCGGUCGCCAAGAAGACAGUGGCCAAGAAGACGGCGGCCAAGACGGCCAAGCGUGUCGUGCAAGACUCGGACGACGAGGCCAGUGGCAGCCAAGGCGAGCCAGAGCCGUCCGAAGACAGCGACGUCUCGGACGCACCGCCCUCGAAACCCAGCAAACACCGAGUCCUUGCCAGCGAGAGUGACGACAGCGACAGUGCAACGCCCGUCAAGAAACCCGCCACGAAGAAGCGUGCCAAGGGUCGCCGGGCCGCGUCUUCGGACGAUGAGUCGUCGCCCGCGCCCAAGAAGCGCAAGACGGCAGUCGCCAAGAAGCCCACCGCCGAUGCUGGGUGGGCCUCGGACGGUCUCGAGCAGCUCAAGCUCCUUGCCCGCACCGCCGGCGUCCUCGCGCCGGCCAUCUACAAGAAGAUUCGAGAGGCGCCGAGCCUCGACGCCGCCGAAGACAUUGUGCGAGACCGCUUGGUAGCGGCCAACGUGCGCUGGCAAGGGCGGUACCCUGGCAAGCACGACGUGGCCGCCAUGAAGCGCAAGCGCGACCUGGCGCGGGAGUUAGACGGGAUGGACACGAGCUUGAUCAUUGACGAAGGGCCGCGCCGGCCGCGCCGCGAAUACGUCGAGCCACCGAGAAAAGCCGCCUUGUCGCUGGGCGACGACCAGCUCCGAAGCGUCCUUUACGCUCCAUGA